ACGUGUCCGUGUCCUUUUUUGGAGUUGCCCUGACAUCUCCUUCUGUCUCGAAACCCUAAGCCCUCUCCCUUCCAAGCCGCCGAUCCGCCCCCCUCUGCCUUCCGGUUGAAGCCGCACGCCACUAUGCCGGACAUGCAGCCGCUCAUCAGCGACUUCGUCCUCAAGCUCAAGCGCCGUAAGGUGGAGGGGUCACAUGCCGUGGCGCGGCAGACGGCGGAGCUGCUGAGGUCAGUGGUGUCGCAGCACCGGAUGGGCAGCACUAACCAAGCGGCGGCUCUCGCCGACGCCAUCCAUGCCGUCGGGGAGCAUCUCAUCGCAGCCAAUCCCAUCGAGCUCGCUGUUGGCAACACUGUGAGACGUGUUUUGCAUAUAAUAAAGGAGGAAGAUAUAUCUUUUACUGCAGUUGGUAUUGAAGGUCUUUCUGUGACAGCUGUCAGCGAUGAUGAAUGUGACAGUGGAAAUGAUGACCGUCCUACCUUAUCUGCUGCUGUUCUUGCUUCCCAUGCUAGAAACGCUCUUCGGGCACCUUCAUUGCAGACUCUCCUGGAUGAUAUUCCUGUGAGCACUGCACUUUCACAUUCUUCAUCAUCAGCUGGGGAUUCAGAUGGGAAAACUGGAGAUAAGAGCUUAAAAACUCGGAAACUAAAACAUGAUGUUAUUGCUGCCAUUGGUGAUCUUAUUGAGGAGAUUGAUACAUGUUAUGACCAGAUUUCUGAGCAAGCUGUCGAACAUAUCCACCAAAAUGAGGUUAUCCUAACUCUAGGUCGUUCUAGAACUGUGAAAGAGUUUCUGUAUGCUGCAAAGGAGAAGAAGCGAUCUUUUCGUGUAUUUGUUGCUGAAGGUGCUCCAAGAUAUCAGGGACAUGCUCUUGCGAAGGAGCUGGUCGAGAAAGGUGUACAGACUACUGUUAUAACAGAUUCAGCGGUUUUUGCUAUGAUCUCCCGAGUUAACAUGGUUAUAGUUGGUGUCCAUGCAAUAAUGGCAAACGGUGGAGUCAUUGCACCAGUAGGGAUGAAUAUGGUUGCUCUUGCUGCUCAAAGGCAUGCCGUACCCUUUGUCGUGGUUGCUGGCAGUCAUAAGUUGUGUCCUUUGUAUCCGCACAACCCGGAGGUUUUACUGAAUGAGCUUAAAUCACCAUCUGAUUUGCUUGACUUUGGCGAGUUCUCAAAUUGCAUGAACUUCAGUACUCAGGAUGGUACUCCUCUUCUAAAUGUUGCCAAUCCAACGUUUGACUAUGUGCCUCCGAAGCUCGUCAGCCUUUUCAUCACUGAUACUAGUACCACCUCGAGGACCGGCAAGAGUAGCAGCUCCAGCAGCCCACCCACCCACGGCUGCAUGCUAAAACCAGCAAUGAUGGCAACCCAGCAUGGCUGGUCACGGCUGCAAGAAAUUCUUUGUCUUGGUGAUUGAUCCAGAUUCAGAUGACGGCAAAGUAGACACUUCUAUGAAGGCUGCAAGGGGCUAGCAGUAGCCUUGGUCCAGCUCGUUCAAAAAGGGAGAGAUGUUACGUGGGGAUAUAUGGCAGAAUAAGGUCACCAAGGAGAGGGUCACAGCUGAAAUUGAAGGGGAUAUGUAUCCCUAGUUAUCCUUAGCUUCUCUUAGAGAUAUUUCUUAGUUCUCAAGUUAUUUAUUUACUGAAGUUUGUUAGCUUGGCUUAGCCUCCAAGUUUGUAAGAGCAUGUACCAUGGAGGCAGCAGCAAGGUGCUGCCCCCUAACAUUCACGUAGGCUUGGAGAGCCAGGGCCAUUGCCCAUAAGGAUUACCGUCCAACCCCA